AGGCGAGAAAGAGAAAAAAUAGAAGUUAGCCUAAUACACGUCGUACUCGAUGACUUGACUUUGACAAUCACCGGCGAUUGUGAAUAACAAUAUUUGUGGUAUUGAAAAAGAAGAAUAAACUAAAUUGAUAGUCGUAAUUCGAAAGAAAGAAACGCAAACAGUAGCGGUAGAUGAAAUGGCGGUGAUGUUGUUAGUGGCGAUUGUGAUGUGUAUAUCAACCACAACUAGCAGCAGCAGCAGCGGCGGCAGGUAUGUAAUGAGAGUGAAAUCGAAAUUCAGCGGUGGCGGAGUCGAUAACUCACUCACCGCCCUCAAAUCUCACGAUUCUCUCCGGCAUCUCCAUAUUCUCGCCGCCGGCGUCGACCUCCCUAUCGGCGGAAUUGGCCGCGCCGAUACAGUCGGGCUUUAUUACGCUAAUAUCGGUAUCGGAACACCUUCGAAGAACUAUUCCGUGCAAGUAGAUACUGGAAGUGACAUUAUGUGGGUUAAUUGCAUUCAGUGUACUGACUGUCCCAAACGAGGCUAUCACAAUAUCCCACUCACACUCUACAAUCCGUUGGAUUCUAUCACGGGAAGCAAGAUUUCUUGUGAUCAUCAAUUUUGUUUAGAGGUCAGCAAAGCUUCUGCCUCUACCUGCAAACCGAAUAGGUCCUGUUUGUAUAGCGAGGUCUAUGGUGAUGGUGGAUAUAGUUUGGGAUACUUUGUUCAGGAUGUUGUUCAGUAUGAUCGUGUGUCUGGUGAUCGCCAAACUAGUUUGGCAAAUGGAACUGUUAUAUUUGGUUGUGGUGCACGGCAAUCAGGGGAUCUUGGUUCUGAUGAUGAUGCACUUGACGGGAUUCUUGGUUUUGGAAAAUCAAAUUCAUCUAUAAUAUCACAGCUAGCUUCUUCUGGCAAAGUUAAAAAGAUGUUUGCGCAUUGUCUAGAUGGUGUUAAUGGUGGUGGCAUUUUCGCAAUGGGCCACGUUGUUCAACCCAAAGUCAAUACAACUCCUCUGAUGCCAAACCAGCUGCAUUACAAUGUAAAUAUGACGGGGGUUGAAGUUGGCUAUGAAUUCCUUAAUCUUACAGCGGAUGUGUUUGCGAUUGGAGAUAAGAAAGGAACAAUUAUUGAUAGCGGUACAACUUUGGCUUAUCUUCCAGAAGUUAUAUAUAAAGCACUCAUUAGGAAGAUAUUUGCCUGGCAGCCGGAUUUAAAAUUACGUACUCUUCGUGACCAGUAUACAUGCUUUGAGUACUCCAAAAGUGUUGAUGAUGGAUUUCCCCUGGUUACUUUUCAUUUUGAGAAGUCUCUUGUUUUAGAGGUUUAUCCUCAUGAGUACCUGUUCCCAUUUGAAAAUUUGUAUUGUCUUGGUUGGCAGGACAGUGGUUUGGGAACCAAUGAUAAAAAGAACCUUACUAUUUUAGGAGAUCUAGUACUUUCUAACAGGCUAGUUCUUUACGAUCUUGAAAACCAGGCCAUUGGUUGGACAAAGUAUAACUGUUCUUCGAGCAUUAAACUGAAGGAUGAGAUUACGGGAUCUGUACACUUGGUAGGUGCACACUUCCUGUCAUCUGCAUGCAGUUGCUGGACCCAAAGGGCACUCCAUAUCCUGUUAUUUGCUCUUCUGCUGCAUGGUUUACUUAGCUGACCAGUAUGUAGGGAAUUAAGCUUCACAUACUCCUAGAUAUAGACAAUACUGUGCAGUGAUAGAAAGGUAAUGAAAUAAUAUCAUAUAAGGUCUCGAUAUAUUGGCUGACGAAUAGGCUGAGCCUCAGUUUGCUAAAGGGAAAACAGGGGAAGCUAAAGCAACUUCUUCAGAACUAUGGGCUAUGGUCCAGUUGAUAUAUAUGCACAUUCUUACAACGUUCUCAUGUUUAUAGUGAGUUUGACGUGGCUGCUUUAUUAGUGAUAAAAAAGGAAAGGAAGGGAAGUGAAAAUUUUGGUAUAUGUUUGAUGUAUACACAUUAUUACAGCAUAUAUUACUCUAUACAGAAUUUAUUGUGUGUAUGCACCUUGUAUAUAUGUAAAUGGAAAUAUGGUUCAGUAAACAA